GGGAAAAUGGUGCAGUAUAAAGUGACUGUAUUCACUGGAAAUUGUCUUAAUUCCACUACUCUUAACAAUGUCUUCAUUAAGCUGGUGGGCACAGAUGGGGAGAGUGAUCGCACGUGGCUCAUGGGCUGGAAAGGGGCUUCAUCCUUCGUCAGAGGAGCUGUAUCAAAGUUUAAGGUGUCCUGCUCCACUUCCCUUGGAAAGCUUGUGCUGAUAGAGUUAGACAAACAGUCGCUCCCACUGUUCCCAGAGGACGCUUGGUUUUGUGCCAAGGUGGAAGUGAAAUCCCCUGAAGGAGACAUCUACAGCUUUCCCAUCUACCGCUGGAUCACCGAUAGCAAGGUGCACCGCUUCAGAGAUGGAAAAGCUCUGAGAGUAUUUGAAGACAACCAUCAUCUUGGCAGGUACAGUCGGCAGCAGGAGAUUCAUCAGCGAGAGGAAGACUAUCGCUGGGAUGCAUAUGCAGAGAAAAUACCUCACUCCAUGAAGGCAGAAAGCCCAUUUUCACUCCCGUAUGAGGUUCAGUUCUCCUUCACCAAAACUACAGAGUUUGUCUACACUGCUUCCACAGGACUGACUGAGCUGAAGCUGAAGGGACUGGAUAACUGUAAGAAGAAGUGGGAUAAUAUUGACAGCAUCAAUCGAGUGUUUUGCUGCAAAAAGACUGAAAUAUCAGGUGCUUUUUGCCCCAAUCAUGUCAUUAACAGAGUUCCCUCUUUCCCUCAGCUCCUCAAACCUCACACACGCUACACUCUGCAGACCAACUUCUUAGCUCGACGCCUUCUCAUUUCUGACACUGGCGCUUUCACUCAGUUUGCAGGGUCAGGUGGAGAGGGCAUGUUUACGAUCCUGCAGAGGUCAGUGUGCUCAUUAACCUACAGCUCCGUCUGUAUGCCAGAUGACAUUGCUGAACGUGGCCUAGAGGAUGUGCCAAACUUCUUCUACAGGGAUGAUGGCCUAAAGGUUUGGGAUAUCAUCCACAGGUUUGUGCAGGGAAUGCUCGGCUACUACUACAAGAGUGACCGUGAGGUCCAGGAGGACUCUGAACUUCAGAAGUGGAUUUUGGACAUUUUUGAACACGGAUUCCUUUCUCAAGCAGAAACAGGAAUUCCUCAGAGAUUUACCUGUGUGACUGCGUUGGUCAAGUUUGUCACCAUGGUGAUCUUCACCUGCUCAGCCCAGCAUGCAGCUGUGAACAGUGGACAGUAUGACUAUGGUGGCUAGAUGCCCAACACUCCCAUCUCCCUGCAACUCCCACCACCGACCACAAAGGGGAUGACAAGCGAGGCCACGAUGUUGGCCACCUUCCCUGACGUCAAUGUAACAGUUCAGGGCAUGGCCACCAUGUGGCUGCUCAGCGAGCAGUCCAGUGACUUUGUUCCCCUUGGCCAGUACCCAGAGGACCAUUUCACUGAGGAGAUUCCCUGCAAGAUAUUAAAGAAUUUUCAGACGGAGCUUGAAGAUUUGAGUUUAUUCAUUAAAGCCAGAAACAAGCGUUUAGAAGUGCCAUACACCUACAUGGAUCCAGCAGAGGUAGAAAACAGUGUGGCCAUUUGAAUAUUAGAAGACUCAGCUGUGAGAUAAAAUUCAGUUCCCUCUUCAAAUAAAAGCAGCCAAAGAAAGUUCUGACUUUUACUGAUGAAAUAGCAGAAAUAGAACUUAACGCUUCUAAUUAUUGUAUGCUGCUUUGUGAAUUUUAUCCAUCUGCUGUGAUGUGCUGUAGAUUAGAAACUUAAAACCUCUUCUGAUUUUCAAUAAACUGUCCCAUCCUUUCAAAAACAUGUCAAAGAAAACCGAUAUUAUUGUGAACAAAUCAUGACCCUUUUUAGUGAUUUAUUUUUGCUAAAGUCUGUCUUAAAGAAGUCUCAGCCUCUGAGCCAGUGUUUGAAAACAUUUACCAAAUUUUAUUGUUUUUAUUUUUAAUUUUUUUUUAGCUUAAAAAAAUUUGAGAGAACCACUGCA